ACAAUUUUCAAGAUCCAUUUCGGGGUAUCAAGAAACAUUUCCGCUAACUGAAGAAGAAAAAGAAUUUUUACACUCGAGGCAUCAUCUUACAAGAGAAAUUUUUAGAGGAAAUUUUAAUUCUCCAGUACACAAAGUGCUUAAAACCGGAUGGGCUAAAGUCUUGGACGUUGGAUGCGAUGUAGGAACUUGGCUAUUCGAAUUAUCUGCUGACUAUCCAGGAUGUACCUAUAUCGGCACAUAUACUUCUCCAUAUUCAAGUUUAGCAACCGUUAGUAAACCCUUCGAUGUUGAAUUUAUAGAAGCUGAUCCUGUUAAUGGCCUACCAUUUGAAGAUGAUACUUUUGACUUUGUGAGUAUGAAAAAUCGUUCAAUUGAAUAUAAUGAAUCCGAAUGGAAAAAAAUUAUUUUGGAGUUAGUCAGAGUGUUGAAACCUGGUGGAUGGUUAGAGUUGUCAGAUUAUGACUAUUCUUGGGGAACAAAAGGUCCUACCACUGAAAAAUUGUUGAAUCUUUUUUCAAGUCACCUUCGCCUGGCACAAAUCAGUCAUUUCAGGGAUUACAUGCAUAUGACAGCUGAACUUCGUAAUAUUCAACAUAAAAUACAAUAUCUUCCUUUAGGUUCAUUUGCUGGUAGAUUGGGAGAAACUUCGGCUCAAAUUUUAAGGGACACUUUAAAAACUUUUUUACCAAAAUUAGCUAAUUAUUUUGGGAUUAAAAUAGGUGAUAUUGAUUCGAUUAUUAAGACUGUAAUAGAAGAAGCUGAAGAAAAUCAAAGUCAUCUUAGGUUUCACAGAUUUUUUGCUCAAAAAGAGACU